AAUUGUAAAGAAGCCAUUUACUGAUUGCAGCAGCCGUCCCCAUGAGUCAAGAGGACUGAAAAGAACCUACAGCCCCAUCACAGUGCCUCCACCUCACUCAAUGAUACAUGAGAGGCACAAUGACCAGAAGAUCCUGGUACUCACCAAGAAGAUAAUUCAGCUGAUGACUGGAGAGAUUUAUCAGAGGUCAAAAACAAACACGAAACAUUUCCUGUCGCUAUUUCUUCACUGGGUGUUAUAAAUAGUCUGAUCCAAAAGUCCAGAUUCAAAAUCAUAGUAAAUAUAAACCAGAAACAAGAAAGCGUGUGGAAAAUAAAAACAGGGAUUCAAUAUCGCAUAAAGACCCAGGUCUCUCAGAUUCAGAACACGUAUCAGAUGGCCGACACAGAAACAUAUGUAGAAGAUCUCAUGGACAUGUCUUCACCUGAAGAUGGAAAUCCUCUAGGCUCUGAUACAGAAAAGUCAUCUGGAGAUUCGGAUACGGAAUGGUCAUACGAAGGUGGGAGUCCCACAGCAUCAGAUGGAGAGUCUUCUGAAGAAGGAAACCGCCAAAAUGCUGAUACCGAAAACACAUCAGUAACUAAGCAGAGAAAGAGGACUGCUGCUAAAGCAAGACCGGGCACAGAGAGAGGGUACGAGUGUCCUGACUGUGAUGUAAGGUUUUCUAACAACUCCGACCUUGUCAGACAUAAGCAGAGUCACAAAGCUGGAGAUGCAAAUAAGUGUAGUCACUGUGGGAAAUGCUUUGAUUCAAAAACAAAGCUGACCAGACAUGAGCGAUGCCACAACAAAAAGAUGAAAUGCCCUGAAUGUGGGAGAUGUUUUCUCCGUAAGGCCCUUCUAAUAAGACAUCAGAGAUCCCACACGGGUGAGAAGCCAUUUCAGUGCUCUGAAUGCAAGCAGUGUUUUCCCAGGAAAUGCUCUCUAAUCCGGCAUGAGAGAAGCCACACGGGCGAGAAGCCUUAUUCAUGUGCGGAAUGUGGGAAACAGUUUACUAGUAAUCAGACAUUGGUGGAGCAUGGAAGAAGUCACACAGGAGAGAAGCCAUUUUCAUGUUCUGAGUGUGGGAAGUGUUUUACCAGCAAAAAAAACCUCACGAGACAUCAUGCAUAUCACACUGGGAGAAAUCUGUUUUCAUGUUCUGAGUGUGGAAAAACAUUCAAUUAUAGACCAAACCUUGACAGACAUUUAAGAACACAUACAGGUGAGAAGCCGUUUCCAUGCUCUGAGUGUGAGGAGCGAUUUUCCAGCCGUCCUCAGCUUUUAGUACAUCAAGCAGUUCAUACUGGUAACACAAUUAUAUGCUCAGAAUGUGGGAAAUCAUUCCCUUCUCAGUCAAAUCUUCGUGUUCACAGAAAAACUCACACAGGCGAGAAGCCGUAUUCAUGCUCUGAAUGUGGAAAGUCCUUCAGUAUUACAUCAAGUCUCAUUCGGCAUGAGAGGUCUCACACUGGAGAGAAACCAUUUGAGUGUUCGGAGUGCAAGAAGGCUUUCCACUGUAAGCCCCAUCUUGUGCGGCAUCAGAGGACCCACACUGGUGAGAAACUGUACUCAUGUCCUGAAUGUGGAAAAUGUUUUACAGGCAACUCAAGUCUCCAACGUCACAAAUUAAUCCACACAGGAGGGAAACCGGUUUCUUGUUCUGAGUGUGGAAAAUGCUUCCACGAUCAGGGAGGUUUACGUCAGCACCAGAGAAUCCACAUUGGGCAGAAACCUUACUUGUGUUUAGAGUGCGGGAAUUAUUUUGCCAAUAAAAACAGUCUUAAAGUACACCAAACGAUUCACACAGGGGAAAAGCCGUUCCCAUGUUCUGAGUGUGGUCAAAGUUUCCGACUGAAGUGCUUGCUCGAGGCUCACAUGAAGACUCACUCUGGAGAGGAGGUUGAGUGAUCUUGUUAAUGGUGGGACUUUUUUGAUUGAAGUGAACAUAGAUACAUGUGACCAGUGGACUGAAUAACAUCAACUCACUUUAUUAUAAGAGACAAACAAACAAACAAACAAACAAACAAACGUAAAGGGUAAUACUUAGCUUCAUUGAGAUACUCAGGCAAUACAGGUUAUUCAGCUUCAUAAAAUAGGGUGUCAUACGGGCACGCAGGGGGGGUUUCCGAGUACCUAGAAACGCCCCCUGGCUGCCAAUAUAUUGCGGAGGAGCUGAGUUUUUAUUUCUUCUGUAACAGCUCAGCCUCGGCUCGCACAGUAGCUCCCUUCACUUCACGAGGCUGGCCGCUCAGGCUGACACGUAGGAGGAGCUGCCAGCUCCUCCUCUGUGAGAGGAUAGAGGCGCUGAUGCCGGUGGUGCAGGGAGACAUUGUAGCAGCGCUGCUUAUAGCUUCACUGACCCUGCCAGCGACCAGGCACGUGACUCCGUGGAGCAGUACCAGGUGAGACACAUGCCAGGGGCAGCGCUGGUACUCCUGAA